CCGAAUGUGUCACGUAGUAUACGAACGAUACAAAAUUUUUGAUUCGGCGUCUAAAAAUCGAUACAUGUGUUUUGUUUAAAAACAUUUCAUCAUGGAUCCAGUCGCCGAUGUUCAUGAUGUAUUGAAUUCCCUUCAAAAAAGUGAAUUACUUGGUGAAAAUAUUCUACAUGAUCGAUCGGAAAUUGUUCACUUGGAUCGAAUACGGCAAAAAAAUCGUGAAGCAUUGACUGCGAUAAAAAAUCAUUACAAACAAAAUGAUACUGAAAAUAUUUAUAUUUGUAUGGGCAAUAUGUUCAUAAAACAUCCCAUGAAUCGUGCACGUUCACUUAUUCAAGAUGAUCAAACAAUUGUCAACGAACAAAUCGAAACGAUACGUGAAAAGAUUAAAAAUAAUGUACAACAAAUACACGAGAUGGAAGGAAAUGGUGAACAAUUUCGUACAUUCAAUUUGAAUCCACUCAGUUCAAACGAAAUGAAAAGUUUUAAUGUCAUAUUAGAUUCAAUCAAGAAAUUGGAUUUAUAAAAAAAAAUUUCUAUAAAAAAUUUGAAAUGUAAACUUCCUAGCCAAAAAGAAAACAACGAUAAGUUAAUUAUUAAGUUGUUGUUGGUUGUCAGUCAUUUUGUUUAAAUAAUAAGGCAAGGCCAUUUAAAACGAU